AUGUGUGGUGGUUUUGUACGUAAAGACGCCUGGAACAUACCUGGAAAUAACAUAUUACCUUCUCCUGUACAACAACCUGAUUAUGCUAGCUGUUGCUCAAAAUGUCAAGCAACUUCUGGAUGUAUUGCUUUCACAUAUUCGCUCUCAAGUCAACAAUGUUGGCCGAAAACAAGUAUGGGCAGCGGUGAAAACUCAACUGACGAUAUUAUCACUGGAUAUGAUCCGAACAUGUGUGGUGAUUUCAUACGUAAAGAUGCCUGGGACAUUCCUGGAAAUGACAUAUUACCUUCUCCUGUACAACAACCUGAUUAUGCUAGCUGUUGUUCACAAUGUCAAGCAACUUUUGGAUGUAUUGCUUUCACGUAUUCACUCUCAAGUUAUGGAUGUUCGCUAAAAACAAGUAUGGGUAGUGGUGGAAACUCAACUGGCGACAGUAUUUCUGGAUAUAAUCGUGAGUGUAUCAAUUCUAUGUUAUGA